AUAUAUGUGGUGCUAGUACGUAACUCCUCCAAUCAACAAGAGUAAAAUGUGAUGUAUUUUUAUUAUACGGAUCUUAUGCAUUUAAAUUGUGAGUAUGAAUUUCUAAUUGCUAUGAUAAAAAAUUCAAAAAUGCUUUCCUUAACGUCCUUUGUUAUGGUGGCAGUAGUGUUGCUACUGAGCGACAAAGUGUAUGGUGAUGAACAACAAGAGUCAUGUUCAAGAAGGUGCGGUGUUCAUAACAUCAGCCACCCUUUCCGAUUGAAAGACAGUCCCAAAAAAUGUGGUGACAAUAGGUACAACCUAUCAUGUGAGGACAACAAUCAAUUGAUUUUGUACCAUGGUUCAUUUGGAAAAUACUAUGUACAAUCAAUUAAUUACAACAACUUUACCAUCCAACUAUCGUAUUUCAAUAUUCUUUCUAAUAACUCCAUCCCUCCUAGUGAUUUCAGUCCUUUUUUCACCUCAAAUAUCUACGUACCUUAUCUAGAAAAAAACAAUUCGUUGAGCAAUAGAUUGACGAAACUUAUGUUGCAUGUGAGCUGUCCGAACCAGGCUGGUUACAUAUACAGAGAUAACUGUAGGAAUAGUAGUUUGUAUUCACGGUACGAGAAUUCUUUCUAUGUUGAUGGCUACUUCAAAACUCUUUCGGAGUUGGGGUUGAGAGAUGGAUGUCGUAUAGAGCUUAUGUUUCUCACAUCUUGGUCUCCUCAAGAUGGCAACAACAAUAACAUUUCUUGCACGGACAUCAACCGUAUGAUGUCUUAUGGAUUUGAAGUCUCUUGGCUCAAUAGUCUUUGUAAAGAUGAUUGGCAUGCAGAGUUUGAUCAAAAUAACCACCUUCAUUGUCGUCGUCCAGUAUUUCGCUUUUCUGGUUGGGAGGUCAUAAUAGAAGAUACCUUGAUCUUAGGUGUUUGGGUAACUUCGGUUGGCUUUUUGUUCAGCAUUGUUAAAUUUGUCCUUGGAGCGCCUUGCAUCAUUGUAUUAUUAAUCUACAAAUGUCGACGGGAACAUUUAUCUGUGUAUGAUGGCAUUGAAGAUUUUCUGAGGAGUGACAAUAGCAUCAUGCCGAUAAGGUACUCUUACAAAGACAUAAAAAAGAUAACAGAACAAUUCAAAACAAAAUUAGGCAAUGGAGGUUAUGGAACUGUUUUUAAAGGACAACUACGAAGCGGUUGUCUUGUAGCAGUCAAAUUAUUGGACAAAGCCAAGUCCAAUGGUCAAGAUUUCAUCAAUGAAGUUGUCACCAUUGGUAGGAUUCACCAUGUUAAUGUGGUACACCUUAUUGGUUUUUGCGUGGAGGGUUCAAAACGUGUUCUUAUAUAUGAAUUCAUGCCAAAUGGGUCACUGGAAAAAUACAUAUUUUCUCAUAAUGAAGAGAGUAAUUCCUUGAGUUGUGAAAAAUUGCAUGCCAUUUCUCUUGGGGUGGCUCGUGGCAUUGAGUACUUGCAUAAUGGAUGUGAUAUGAAAAUUCUACACUUUGAUAUAAAGCCUCAUAACAUCCUUCUUGAUGAAAAUUUCAAUCCAAAAGUUUCUGAUUUUGGACUUGCUAGACUUUGUCCUACAGAUAAAAGCUUUGUGUCAUUAACUGCAGCAAGAGGGACCAUUGGAUACAUGGCUCCUGAACUAUUCUACAGAAAUGUUGGCACAAUAUCUUACAAAGCUGAUGUAUAUAGUUUUGGGAUGUUGUUGAUGGAGAUGGCAAGUAGAAGGAGGAACUUGAAUGCAAUGGCUGAGCAAUCUAGCCAAAUUUAUUUCCCUUUUUGGAUAUAUGAUCGAUUACAUGAUGGAAGGGAAGUAACGAUUGAAAAUGACACAGAUCAGGAAAUAAAAUUGGCAAAGAAAAUGAUGAUUGUGGCUUUGUGGUGUAUACAGACAAAACCCGACGACCGUCCUUCAAUGGAUAAAGUGUUGGAGAUGCUUGAAGAAGAAGAUGGGGACUUGCAAAUUCCUAAUAAGCCUUACUUUUGUUUACAAGAUCCACCAGUAGAGGAUGUUGGAGAUGAUUAUAAUAGAAACUCAUGGAGUUCGUAUGGUACAUCAGUUAGUGAUUCCAAGGGACCAACCUGAUCUCUUUUUGGUUCUUGGUUGAAUUACAUAUCAUAUUGUUGGUACCAAGCAUUAAUAUAAGUAGCAGUUUUUA